AUGGAGGAGCUGAGCGCAGAUGAGGUAAGGUGACAAUGAAUAGACGGCUAUCACGGGUGCUUGGAUCUAACGUUGUUUCAUUUUGUCAGCGAAAUAAAUUAUAAUCAGGUGUGUAGGCGUAUGCUUUUCCCUUGUACGUCUUCAGAAACGGUCUUGAGACUUGCUAAGUUAGCCCGGAGGUUAGCAUAGUCUGAACUGAAAAGCAUCCGCGAUAAAAUCCCACAUUUACCUCAGGACCGGCUUUUUAAAGUACAUGCAGCUCAUUGCAAACCGGAACGUGUUUAUUGUACAGAGUCAUUCAAUAAAAAACUGUGUUAGUGAAGAAAAAUUCUAAUAUGGGUCGUUUGUUUCUGACUCUAACGCUGCUUCGUUAUUUUACAGCUUAAUGCUAACUAGCUGGCCCUGGGAUAACAUUUUUUCUCACACUCUCAAAACCAAUUCACCCAAAUGCUGUUAAUUUCUGUCUCGUUGUUUUAUCCUAAUUAUAUUUUAUAAAUGUGGAGAUAGUGUUACAUUUGUUUGCUGAGUUUUAAAAAAAUAUUUCUAUCCUGCGAGGGACUGUUUGACAGUUGCUAAUGUUGUUUUGCUAACAGACAAAAAUUAGCUUGUGAGACGACUCAGCAUAAAAAACACACCGGGCCACCAUUGUGCAACCAACUGGGGGACGACUGUGAGGCCACUGAGCCAUUUCUAUCAAACCACAGCAAUAACACUUUACAAACUAUUUUUAAUCCCGUGAUAUUGUGCCUUUAUUGGCCACUCGAUAAAAUCAUAACCGAAUGUCCUGUUGAUUUACUGCUGCUCAGAUUUUGAGCAGAGUUAAUGAGUAAUGCUCUCAUCUGAGUUUGUUUAUGUCAGGUUAAAGUCUGUUUGUCUUUGCUUCUAAGAUACCGUUACCAAAAAGGACGUUUUUAAUUUACUAAUCACUGAUUUAAUUAUUUGUUCUUUGUCUGUUGUCAAUGAUCAAAACCUAGAUAAAUCAUUUAUUAUAUUGUUCAAACAGAUUAUGCCAAUCGCAAAAUAGACAUAUUUCUUUUUGUUGAACGGUCAAAAAAAAUUAUAUAGAUAUACAUAUAUAUAUUCCAUAUCAUGAGUGAGAUAGACCAACCUGAUUGAUGUCAACCUUAUUCAUUAGGCUGAUGGCAUUUUGCAAUUACUAGCAUCAACUAAAGAAGCAGAUUAAAAUAAUAACAAAUAAUCUGUCUGCAGACACUGCAGUCAGCCAGGUCAGUGAGGCUGCUGAACAAUCUAAUCUUCCUGCCAAACAAUGACACAUUUUUCCCAUUAUAAGUGACAGUACUUACAGUAUAAAACAGUUACUUGCUAGUGAAGAAAUUAUAAUGCAUAUUAUAAUGCAUAAUAAUGCUUUGUGUUGCUCCUUACAUACAUAUCUAAAAUCUAUGGCAUAACCCGAAUUAAGCUAUGACAUGAAUCAAUUAGAAAUCCAUUCAAAUCAUGUUACUGUUCAAGAUAACGUGCACUAGAUUGUAAUGUACAUGGAAUAAUGGGUAAUAUCUGAAUAAAAUAGUUGUUUUUGUAUUGAAUGUAAAAGUAACAACAACAAAAUGUUAUAGCUGUAAGUGGCUCUGUAAUUAGUUGCACCAGUAUCAGCCUUUGAAAAAACAAUAUUGGUCCGCUGCUAGGAAAACGAUAUUUCAACAGCACUAAGAUAAAAGUGUCAAGCUUUUGAGCGAACGGAUCUAGUACCCUUGUGUAAGUGUAAACAUUUUCUGGUGUGUUCAUCCAAGAUUCGCAGAAGGCGAUUGGCACGACUUGCGGGUGGACAGACGUCACAGCCCAACACCCCUCUUAGCACACCCCUGACAUCCCCACAGAGAGAAACUCCCCCUGGACCCCUCCCUGGACCCUCAGGUGCCGCACCUCAGCCCCUGCCACCAGCUGCCUCUCAAUCUUUGGGAUUAAAUGUCAACAGUGGUACCCCUGCCACAUCCCCUAUGGGAACUACCGGUAAGAAUGAAAUUAGAGCUGUCGGUCUGAAAUGCAUGUAGACAGCUCCCUUUGGCUAAAACAAAGAAUGGUUGUAGAACAAAUCUUGUGUUUUAGUUGUAAUGUUGAUAGGUCAGGAUACAGUCUGUUUAUUUUCCAGUUGUUGCUUUAGAGAUAUUGAUUUCCACCUCUUUUUGCCCUAAAGUCUUGUACCUAAGUGUUUUAAACAGGACUACAAAACAUUGCCUCAAAAGCAAGAAAAAGAAACAAUUUUUCUGUUUGAGUUGAGUGCAACACUGAAAGGGACCUUUUAUAUACAUUAUGUCAAAGACCCCGAAUGACAUCAACACAAACAAAAGCUUAUUGUUGUCCAUGUUUGGCACAAAACCUGGGCCUUGAUACUGAGUUGAAACCAUUGCUUUGAGUUACUGCUCUACCAAAUACAAAAACAUGAGUGAGCUGUAUAGAUGCAGUGAACAUUUCUUGACAAGUUUUAAUGAUUUGCACAAACAGUAUGCAGUGUUAUUGAAUAACAGGGCUUCAACUUACAUUGGGAAAAAAUAUAAUUGCAAGUGUGACAAGCUACUUCUAAGUAAAAUUUUCAUUUUACCUGAUUUUUUUUUUAAAGAUGAUUAUUGUUCAAAUGGAAAAUACUUUUUAAACCAAUCCCUUCUUUCAUUGUAAGUCAGCUUUCUGCCUACUGUUGUAGAAGUAGUUUGCUAUUAUCAUGAAUGUAUGGUACACAGUGGUGUUCUAAAAUUACCAAUCUGAACUAUUAGCAACCCAGUAUGGCUAAAUAAUUUUAUUUCAGUGGUGCUGAAAUAAAAUAUAUAGUUUUAAAUGUCUGCUUAUAUUUUACUGCAAAGGACUUCAUUUCGAAAUAAGGUUGCUGCCCAUUUAAAAAGAGGUUUCCCUCUCAUCCAUUUGCCAAGUGCUUUCAAAUCUUGGGAUUAAUGUUAGGUCUCUUUCAAAUGUUGCAAGGAGUAUGGUCUCGAUCUGGUCUAUAUUGUCAUGAGUCAACAGUUUUGUGAUUCGGCACUAUAAAGAUGAAAACUGAUUGAUGAUGGACUGGGCCACCCUUCAGCAGCACUUACUCAUUUUGAAACUUAUUGCUGUUAAUUUCAGCCCCCAAGUUCACAGGUUGAAGUAGCCAUCAGAGUAACAUGGCUCACAUGCUAUGCAGCUCAUACAUCUUUAUUUCUUCCCUGUGCAAUACAGGUUUAUGCAAAAUAUGAUUGUACAAUGCAAAUAAUAUUACAACUGUACAUGCUUGUAAUUGUGCAAUGUGUCACUUAUGUGAAACUCCAGAUAUCUGUUUAACCAUAGUAAGGAAAAUGAAUUAAAAUGUAAUAAAAAAUGUUACUAUUAAUGUCAGUUUUCUAGGUCGAUCUUAAUGUAUAAAAACUGGGCUGGCAGCAGGACGGCAGCUGAUCUGUGAGGACUUCACAACUGUUAAAGCUACGGCAGUUCAGCAAGGCAGCUGUCAAACACUGUUUGAAGAAGGCAGUGUUACCUAGGUGUUAGGCUUGUGUGGUGUGCUUGAAAUGAGCAUGAAAAUCUUUUUGGAAAGAUUUUUUUGGAAAUGCUGAUUAUAAUUAUCUCCCCUAUCAAAGUUCAUAGAUUCUUGUAAAAACAGAAAAUAAAAAGAUCGUAAACAAUUUUAAGUGAAAGUGAAACUAUGAAAAUUGCAUUAGGAAAGUCCCUGAUCUUUUUCUUGUACACGCCAAGAGUCUUCCAAAGACAAACUUCAUGUUAGCCCUUGUUUUACAUGUGCUGAGUUAAAGCUAUAUCAUCAAAAAAUUUAAAUCAACCAUGGAAUUCAUGUGUGAAUAAAACUUGAGUAUUUUUGUAAGUCUUCACACAUCUUACAACUUUAUCUGCUGGAACUGAGCAGUACAUACAGAAUAUCAGGAAAAGUUAUGAGCAAACAAACUCAAACAAGCAACUUGGUUUGGCCAGCAAAGAAGAAAUAUUCCAGAAUUACUAAGAAAAAAUCAAACUAAUGACUAAGACCAAAACAUCACUAUACACCUGUGUCAUAUUUUAUAUUUAAGUUUAUAUUUCUAAGGUACUCAGUUGUGGUGUCUCGCAUUUGCAGGUGUGGCAUAUGGUAGUCAGAGCAGCGAGGGUGUGAGCUCCCUCUCCAGCUCCCCCUCCAACAGCCUUGAGACUCAGUCCCAGAGCUUGUCCCGAUCACAGAGCAUGGACAUUGACACUGCCUCAUGUGAAAAGAGGUAAGAGUGUAGGGACAUAGUUCACAUCCUAGUCUGAAUGUGUGUAUCAAAAUGUAUAUCCACAUGUAUUGCUCUUGAAGGCUGUGCUGAUAGUGUUUUCUGUCUAACAUUGAAGACACAUGAAAAGUGUCCCUCACAUUGUGAAGGAUGUAAAAUUAACAUGGUCUGCUUUGGUUGAGAGGAUCUGCUUAGUUUUGUGAUGCUUUUUCCAGCAUGUCCCAGGUGGAUGUUGACUCAGGGAUUGAGAACAUGGAGGUGGAAGACAGUGAUCGCAGGGAGAAAAGGAACUUGACUGAAAAGGUAAACGGCACUUGACAUCACUCCAAAAGUGGCUUUGAGAUUUGAUUUAUUUGGUCCCCUUGGGGAAAUUCAUCUUCACUGACUGUACAUUAUGGGUCCUCAUAACUUGGAUUACUCCAGUCACGUCCAGUUGAGAGAAUAUGAGUAAAUAUGAAGAGAUUCACUGUGAUUUACGAGAAGGUGGUGGGAUCUUCUGUGGACACCUCUCAGUUUAUAUCUUCAUUUGACACCGCAUGCAUGUUUUAUCACUUUUAGCAAAAUCUGUUCAUUUAUCAUUCAGUCUGGAAAUGAUAGAAAAUUGUAAACAAAUCCUCUCUGUUGACCCCCUUUUUCUUGCACCUCAGGAAACCUCUGCAAAUUCAGAUGUCUCAGAAGAACAGGCACUGCAGCUCAUUUGUAAGAUCCUCCGCGUAUCGUGGAAGGAGCAGGACAGAGAUGUCAUCUUUCUCCCUUCACUGGCUGCAGAGUUCCAACAGAACCCUAAAGAUGGUAUGUCACCAACUGAUGUCUUAAUACCUGACUCUGUAACCGGCUGUGUGACUCUGAAAGUUCAGAGUUUUGGACAUGACUUACAGAUGCCUGCAUUUGAAAACUUGACUGAAUCAAUUUCUUUCCAUUUUGUAGUAUACUCUGACUUCAAAGACCUGAUCGGCCAGAUCCUUAUGGAAGUCUUAAUGAUGUCCACACAGUCACGUGUUCACAACCCCUUUGCCAGCUUAACCGCCACCUCUCAGCCAAUUGCAGCAGCCAAAUCCCCCGACCAUCGUCUGACGCUAGUGCAGCCCUCCAGUCAAGGCGGCAGCCCCAUGGGCCCCAGUGCAGGAUCCUUUGGAGCCAGCUCUCUGUCCAGGCAAGUUCCAUGACUAAGUUUCAUGAGCUACAGCAGUGUUACUCAGACAGACAUAUCGCGGGCCUGGAUAGCCCACAUUCCACCUAAAGAGUGAUGCUUAUGUUCUGUUGUUGUCAGGAGUGGAACCUACCUUGUGUUUUUUCUGAUUUUGCUCAGAUGAUUUUAUACUUUCAAAGAUUCUGUUGCUGGAUACGUUUUGCCAAUCAUUGUCUCAAUGUUGUCCACAGUCUUUAUGGGUGUAGUAAUCCUCACCCGCUGGCUUUGGGUACAUCCAAGAGGUCCCCAUCUGUCCCCACCCCUGAUACACCCUCAGCACCUUCAACACCCACUACCCCACAGUUUGUUGUCCCCCCAAGUCCACCUGCCAUUGUUACCCCAAGAAACACUCUCAACCCUCCAUCUGCCCCCAUGCCUAUCUCUCAGCGCUAUAGGCCUUACUCUGUCACAUCUCCCUGGGGGGCCCCUUCCCCUUCUAGCCCUGGUCACAGAGGCCUCAGUUUCUUUGGACCCUCUUCUGGCCCUGCAGGGCUAUCUGUUCCUCCUAACACCCCAGUUCCUGUGCCACCACCAAGCCCUCAGUCCCUGACCUUGAGCUCACCCAGGGCUCGCAACCCUACCAUCACUACUUCCACCACCACCACCUCCACCCCUACCACCCCUACCACCACCCUUCCCACAGUCCCCCCUUCUCCCAGAUCACAUGCCCGACAGUCUGCCUUUGCUGCCAGGAUUCCACCGUCUAGGUAUCUCCUUUGCUAUUGGCAUGUCAGUGUGCGGUGUUAAUGCAGGCAACAAUACUAAAACCUUAACUUUUUAGUCAUUCACACAUUUUGAAGUUGUCUUUGAACUCAAUCUUACUCCAGCUCUUUUUUUCUCCUAUUAAAGUUGGUGCAGUUGGAUUUACUCACAUGAAGUAGCCGUUAAUUCAUUUGAGUAAGCUUCAGACUAUUAGCCGUAAGAUUCAUGAACAUCCUGAUACUUCAGCAUCACUGCACUUUGAAAUCUUGCUUACAAAUUUAUGAACAUUUAUAAAUUAAUUUCAAAUGAGAUAACACAACAUUAAACAAAUAUUGUUAGUGGAUUUGAUAUAAAAACAACAAGAAAGUAUUUAUUUUUGCUCAUUUACAGUACUAAUGAUGCUUGUAACUAACAUGUUUAAUUUUAGAACUUCUAACUUAAAGGUUAAAUUAAUACCAGAUCCACUCUAACAUGUUUUAUAGAGCAUAUAGCAUAUCAUUUGAUGUAUGCCACUGCAUUGGCUUAUUUGAGACCAGAUUUGAUCAAUGAUCAGUGUAAAAAAAAUAUCAACCAGUGAGUGCAGUAAUGAAUAUUUUACGAACUGCCCAAGCAGCAGUCUUCAAGCAAGCAUGCAGCCCUCCUUUCCUCAGUGCUUACCUCUCUCAUGACUUCUCUGUGCUAUGUUACAAUUCCUUAUUCAUCUUGUCUUUUCCACCCACUCUGUGUCUCUUUGUGUUUGCACAAUAUCCUCUUUUCUUCCAAUCUUUCCCUCACUCUUCUGUGUGUUCUGUUCCUCGGCACGUUAGCCCCUUUUCGCUCCUGUUUUUUGCCCUCUCUGACAUGUCCCAGGGCAGCAGUGAUGAAGAAUCUGGGGAAGAGGAGGAUUUUGCAGGAGUUCAGUUUGGGUCCAGGUACACUGCUGCACGGUGUGUGCAUUUGUGUGUGCUUGCUCAGUUAAGAGUCCACUGCAUGUUCCAGUGGGCCCUGAAGGCUUAGCACUAACUGCACACAAACACACCAGCGUAGUGUGGGGACAAAUAAACCCAAGCAGGCUCAUAACGUUUUCAGAGUUCUCUCACUGUUUUGGUCACCAGAGGUUAGGAUAUGAAGCCAUUUUUGUGCUAAAAUGUUUGAUAUGGACUUUAAAUCUCUGUUUCUACAUCGCGACAAGUACUCUAAAGAAUAAACAUAUUCAUCUAAAGUUAUUGAUGUCUUCCAGAGUAUCACUUAACCAUGGGACUCCUGUAUUAUUUUAUGAUUACUAUGCAUAUCAUGGCAUGUAAACAUUGUUACCUGUUUUGUGUUUGUAAAGUUUAGCUUUAGGAAUAGUGGUAAUUUUUGUGCAUUUCCUUUUUUAAUUGAAUAAAACAUGUUAACUCUGCUGGAAGGUUUUGCGUGCUUGAAGCAGCUCACAAAGAGGUUUUGUGUUUACAGCUGAAUACUAACAGCAAUUUAAACAAAUUUGUUCUUUAACUGUGUCAAACUGAGUCUAAUACCAGCUGAAACAGCUCACCAAAUUGCUCUUAAAGAUUUGAUUUAUUUCUUUUUUUUUUGCUAAUAAAAGAUUCUGGUUCUGUGAUACUGAAAUGCAAUCACUAAUUCCUGACAGUUUGUUUCUUUCAGGAUCGCCAAGAGUAGGUUUGCGUUUAUUAACCAUUACAGUUUUGACUAUGUCUGCUAGAGGACACAGAUCUCCUGUCUUUUUCUCAAUGACAUGUUCUCUUGUUUUGUGUUUCGCUUAUAGUCUUGGUGCAUGUGGAGUGUCAAUGUCCUGUGACUCAGCCAGUGACCGCUUCACCAUUGAAACUUGCAAAGAGACAGAGAUGCUGAACUACCUCAUUGAGCGCUUUGACAGUGUUGGCAUGGAGGAGAGGAAGGCCCCCAAGGUAAAGGUGGAAGCUUUGAUAUUAUAAUGUUUCUUCUUCUUUUAGUAACAACUAAAAUGAUCUUUUCAGCCUAACCACCAUGUCUAAAUUAAUUACAAAAUGUCCAGAGGAGAGAGGAACAGUGUGUACUAGGAGACUAGCUGCAGGCCAGAUGGUCUGGAAAUGAGUGUAGAUUUUCUGAAGAGAGUUUCUGUGAAAAUUACAGUUUACACAUUUUCACACCUACAACUAUUUUCUCCCUUCCUUGAAUCUUUUCUGUUUCUCUUUUAGAUGUGUAGCCAACCAAAUGUGAGCCAGCUUCUCAGCAACAUUCGCUCUCAGUGUAUUUCCAAUGUUGCCCUGGUCCUGCAAGGCACCUUGACCCAGCCACGGUAUGAAAAUCAGUCACUCGCACUUUUUCUGUCUUUUUAUAGUUGUUACAUUCUGUUCCCUCUUCUUUGAGUCGGAGUCGCCAUAGCAACUACUCUUUCACCUCGGUUGUUAAAACAUUAUUUAUAUAAUUCCAGCAUGCUGUUUCUCUGUGUUCCACGUGCAGGAGUCCUCUCGAGCAGUCUUUGCUGGUACCUUACAUGCUGUGUAGGAACCUUCCUUACGGCUUUAUUCAGGAGCUUGUGCGCAUUACACACCAGGAGGAAGAGGUGUUCAGACAGGUGGGAAAUGCCCCGUUUUAUACAGUGGUUUAGGUGACAGAAAAACACCCGGACCACUCUUAUGUUCACCCCUGUUUGCUGAUGGAAUGCAUUUUGUUUUUUAGUUUGAGCAGAAAUAUAUCUGCUCAGACACUAGCACACUAGCACUCCACUUCAUCUGGAGUAAUACUACAUGAAGCAGUUGUCCUACUUCAUGUUGAUUAAUAUAUUACUGUAACCUAAGAAAAUGUAUUGUUUUCAUUGAUUGUUGGCUGUAAAUUUACUCACAGAGGUCUUUUGAUUGCGUUUUCUUCUCCAGAUCUUCAUUCCCAUCCUCCAUGGACUGGCUCUUGCAGUGAAAGAAUGUUCCUUUGACAGUGACAACUUUAAAUUCCCUCUAAUGGUAAAGAAUGGCCUGUCAUUUACUAUAGAGCAGGAAGUAGAAAAGACUCAAUUUAAAAUAAAAGGACAGUGCAGCAGGGUGUGUCAAGGUCCUGUCACCAAAGCCUCUCAGACAACUUGUCAAUUCAACAGGCAGAAGCAUCAGAUGUGAAGUUGAAUAAAGAUUUUCUUAGAUAAGCUUGUCUAGAAAUCCUGUCAAACACUGGCUGUUAAAUUUGUCAGUAUACUCAGUAGUUGGGCACUUACAUCCAAUUUAGGGUAUGCUGUAUUCAGUCUUCAGAGGCUCUGUCCGGGGAGCGUGUUACAUUACACUGAAAGAUGUUCAUCCAGGAACAUUGUUGAAUAAAUGCUCUGUUUAGAAUCAGACUAUCCAAAUCUGGCAAUUGUUAUUUAGCACUUAAUGUAAUAGUGGUAUUACAUAAUGCUAUUCAUCUGUUCAACAAAGAUGUCAGUGUGAGACGAAAUCGAAACUUAGAUUCAGUUAUAUUUUGUUUUUUUCAGGCAUUAGCUGAGCUUUGUGAAAUUAAGUUCGGGAAGACCCACCCAGUGUGUAAUUUGGUGAGUUUACAAUUGUAUUCUUAUAUUACUGUUCAAACUUUUCACCGUUUUAUUUAUGUUGCUAAAUAGUUAUAUCCUUUUAAGUAUAUCCAUGAGAUACGUGAUUUUACAACUCCUUGGUGCAGGUAUCGUCGCUGCCUCUCUGGUGUCCCAAACCUCUGAGCCCUGGUUGUGGAAGAGAGAUCCAGAGAUUGUCCUACUUGGGAGCCUUCUUCAGCCUCUCUGUGUUUGCUGAGGAUGAUGUGAGUUUUCAAAACAUGAAUGGUUAACAAAACCGGGUAGCAUCAGAUGUAUUCUCCAUUCAAGGCUGAGAUGUUCUUUGAGAGCAGAUAGCAAAGCUAUCAUGAUAACCCUGCAAAAACAUUUCUUAAUUUUCAGGAAACAGUGAAUAAAUUUUUUCACUCUUUUCCUUUCCUUUAGACGAGAGUAGGAGACAAGUAUUUCUCUGGCCCAGCCAUCACCAUGGAGAACACACGAGUCGUCAGCCAGUCAUUGCAACACUACCUGGAGUCAGCAAGGGUGGGUGUUGACUUUAUGAUGAAUUUAUCCAAGGCUAUCCUUUUCACAUCAAACAGUGUGUUAAAAGUGUUCAUCUUUUCAGGGUGACUUGUUCAAAGUUCUUCAUAACAUCCUACUAAAUGGUGAAACGCGCGAGUCAGCUCUCAACUACAUGGCAGCUUUAGCCAACUACAAUGUGAAGAAAGCCCAGAUGCAGGUAGGUUUCAAAAGUUAUCCAUGUAUCACCCUGCUUAUUAAAGUGAUUUGUCAACAUUGCUCACACAUAUUUCAAAUACUUCGUAAGAUUUAUUUUGUAGAUUUCUUGCUUUAUAUAAAAAAAAGCUAAAUGAUGUCCCCUGUUGUGACAAGGGACCCGUUGUACUGUACUUGGGUAAAAAUACUCCCAGUGUAUCUACAACCUGAAUAUGAGAUAAACUUAACUCCUGCCCUUCAUAACACUGAUCAGCUUUUCUCAAUCUGCCCUCUUUUAUUUCCCAGACGGAUGACAAACUGGUGUCAACAGACGGUUUCAUGCUCAACUUCCUGUGGGUUCUGCAACAGCUGAGCAUGAAGAUCAAACUGGAGACUGUGGACCCCUACUACAUUUUCCAUCCUCGGUGUCGGCUUGUUGUCAGCCCAGAGGAGACGCGUCUGAAAUCCACCAUGGAGGAGCUCAAGAGCUGGAUAACUGAACUGCGUAGGUUGAUCUACAUAAAAAUGUAUUGCUUAGUAACAAUGAGAACCAGUUAGUCAUUGUAUCAAUACACAAGCUGUGUUGUCUGCCAUAAUUAUCUCUAACAAACUACAUAUUUAUAACCUAAUGUGAUUCUUAAGAGUUUUGUCGGGGCAGAAACGCACAGACCUACCUGUACUUAUGCAAAGAGAUACUUAUGUCUGAUUGCAGUGUGUGGUGCUGACAUCAGAAACUAAUUAAUUUUGUUUUUUCUUGUACGUGGAUAGAUGAAGACCCUACCAAGUUUUCAGAGCCCAAGUUUCCUACUGAGUGCUUCUUCUUGACGCUGCACACCCACCACUUGUCUAUCCUGCCUGGCUGCAGGCGCUACAUCCGCAGGUUGCGAGCCAUUCGAGAACUAAACAGGUACACACACACACACGCACACACAAACCCUCAGCUCCUCACUACAUGCUGCGUCUAAGUGUGUUUUUUUUAUUUUCUUAUUUUUCUUGGUCUUUUCCCUCUGCUAGGACUGUAGAAGAGCUGAAGAAUAGUGAAAGUCAAUGGAAAGAUUCCCCCCUUGCCAGCAGACACAGAGAGAUGCUGAAGCGAUGCAAAACCCAGCUUAAGGUGAGUUUAAUGUCCUCGUCAGUGGUUUUAUGUUAAUGGGAUCAUACUGGUUAGUGAUUUCCAUAGCAGCCUCUGCCAUCAGUGUAUGAAUGAGUUAUAAACGGGUGAAAGUAACCUGAUGUAAAAGUGCCUUGAGUGAUCAAAAGACUAACGAAAACACAACAUAAAUACAGUCCAUUUGUUAAGUGAAAUUUCCACACUAGUUCUAUUUUAUACACUGAUCAAAAGGUGCAGACCUGCGUCCGCUCACCUCCCAGUUUACUAAGCUAUUCCUGGAAUGCUGAAACAUGCAGGAUCCUACAACAGAACAUAUUUACCGAGAUGUGAUCUCAACUAUGUGUGACUUUGUCCUGUCAGAAACUGGUGCGAGCCAAAGCUUGUGCUGACGUGGGCCUUCUGGAUGAAAACCUGCUCCGCAGAUGUCUGCAGUUCUACAGCACAGUCAUUCAGCUCAUUCUCCGCAUGGUGGAUCCUGCCUAUCCUAAGUGAGUGUCCUUGCUGCUGAAUGGUCAUGUUGUCAUUUGCUAUCGUUGUAAAAAAACAGAUUCGUCAUCACACAAAGUUUGUCUUUAGCCUUUACUGUCUUCCAUGAGAUGUCUCACCUCCAAGUGCGUCAUAAAUCAGCAUUUAUUUUCAUGUUUUCAAUCUUCCACAGUAUUACCCUGCCGCUCAACCCUGAGAUUCCCAAAAGCUUUGCUGCUCUGCCUGAGUUCUACAUUGAAGAUGUGGCAGAGUUUCUGCUUUUUGUUGUGCAGUAAGUAAAUAAUUUAUUCUUGCACUUGUCUGAUAGGUCAGAUAUGUCUUAAAAAUAAAUGUAUUUGAGGUUGUUGUUGUUUCUAUACUGUAACAUGUCUGUAAAGAGAGAUGACACUGCUAUAUAAACAUAAAGAUGUUUUCUUUUGUGAAAAAAAUCUGAAACAGAUAAUUACUACUCCAUUAUACGAUCAGUCUUUGUGCUAUCAUUAUUAAGUUGCUCCUUUGUCUCUUCCUCCACCUCAUUCUCUCACUUUUUCCCCUUCUAGGUAUUCUCCCCAGGUUUUAUAUGAGCCGUGUGUACAGGACAUCGUCACCUUCUUGGUCGUGUUUAUCUGCAGUCAGAACUACAUCAGGAAUCCUUACCUUAUUGCCAAGCUGGUUGAGGUGCUGUUUGUCACCAACCCUGCUGUACAGCCUCGUACUCAGCGAUUCUCUGAAAUGAUGGAGAACCACCCGUUGUCGGUCAAACAGCUGGUCCCUGCUCUCAUGAAAUUCUACACUGGUGGGUUUACAGUAAUUCAAUAUUCAGUAUCAUGUAGGUUUUGAUCUUCAGAAGGAAUAACAAAUAUUUCUUCUAAGCUGAUGCAUACCUUUACUUGAAUAUUACUUUUUGACUCAAAAUGGUCUUCUCUGGUCAGAUGUUGAGCAUACUGGCGCCACCAGCGAGUUCUAUGAUAAGUUCACUAUACGGUACCACAUCAGCACUAUUUUCAAGAGUCUCUGGCAAAACCUUGCCCACCAUGGAACCUUUAUGGAGGAAUUCAAGUAAGUUUACUCUUAACAAACAUUUAGUCAUGUACAAAAAAAAUCAUGGUCUGUCUGACAUAGACCCAUUUGACCUGACAAACUCUUCUUUCAUGUCUCUCGCUUAUUCCCCCCCAGCUCUGGCAAGCAGUUUGUGCGCUACAUUAACAUGUUGAUAAAUGACACCACCUUCUUGUUAGACGAGAGCCUGGAGUCUCUGAAGCGUAUCCACGAGGUUCAAGAGGAGAUGAAGAACAAAGAGCUGUGGGAACAGCUGCCUAGGGUCAGUACUCAGCGUCACAUGGUUUUGGUUUUUGUAUGACCUGGAAUCAGUCAACAUGAAACUUCAUCUAUGGCAGCAAUCAAGUUAUACAAUACAGAAUUGCAGUCAAUAAAAAGCAGUAAGGGAUCGCUGUUCUUAAUAUCCCCAAACAAUUAAAGCAGCAAAAACAAAAUGCUUACACAGAGAUUGCAUGACUUUGUUUGAGAAAAGAAACGAUACAAACUCAUUUGAGGUUUGUGCUGAGCUGUGAAACCUAGAAGCAAGUGGCUGUUGCAGAAUAAAUCAGAAUAGCAAUGUCUGUGCUCACAUGCAAAUGUUCAGGAACAGCAGCAGAGUCGCCAGUCCCAGCUGACUCAGGAUGAGCGGGUGUCUCGCUCCUAUCUGGCCCUGGCCACAGAGACGGUUGAAAUGUUCCACAUCCUCACCAAACAGGUCCAGAAGCCUUUCCUCAGGCCUGUGAGUAUUGUUGCCUCUGUGGAUUAUUUUGAAAAUUUGUCACAAUUUGACCUUGUAUGAGCUCUAUGGGUGGAAAUAUAUUCUUUCAUUUACCACAACAUGAACGUAAAGACAAAAUUUCCUGCAUAAAAAAGUGUCUUCUGUACCCAAUUAAGAGUUCUUAAGAGUGCCUCUCUUUUUAAUGCAGGAGCUGGGCCCUCGUUUAGCUGCGAUGCUGAAUUUUAACCUCCAGCAGCUCUGUGGGCCCAAGUGUCGUGAUCUGAAGGUGGAGAACCCAGAGAAAUAUGGCUUUGAGCCUAAAAAGCUCCUAGACCAGCUGACCGACAUCUACCUGCAGCUUGACUGUGCCCGCUUUGCAAAAGCAAUUGCAGAUGACCAGGUUAGCACUGACGUUCCCAGCUAAUCAUAAAUAACAGUACCAUCACUGACAGACUUUGCAUCACUUUGUAUAAGAAUAAUUCUCUGCCUGUCUUUCUGUAUUGAGUACAUCUGGAAAUUUUAAAUGAGGAUAUAAUGGUGACGAGAAAAAGCAAAGGACAAUUGGGAUAGAUCUUCGCAGUCAUGGCUGAACUGCUUCAAAGCCGUCAUGUAAAACUUCUGCUUUACUUGGGGAAUGUGAUAGUGUUUCAGCAAGUGUUCAAGAGGUCAUGUCAUGAGGUCAGAUUAUCCACAUUCCCUCUGAAACAUCAAACAGGGAGCAUUAAGGGUCUAAACACAGAAAAUAAAUGACACAGGAUCUCACUUCCCCUAUAACUGACUUCACUCAUGGAUCUGUGAUAUAGUUUAAUCUUUCCGCUGUUCAUAUUCUCAUGAAAAAAUUAAUCUUCACAGUUUGUGUGAAGAAGCAGUCGUUACACAAGAGUAUAAAUUUGCAUUUUAAGGCUCGGGUAUGACAACAGAAACACAGUCAAGGCCUUCACUAUUCGCAUCAAAGACGCUCUUUUCUUGCAGCUCUUUAAUACGUGUUACCUCUUUUUGUCUUGAUGCAGCGGUCCUACAGUCGUGAGCUCUUUGAGGAGGUGAUAUCAAAGAUGAGGAAAGCAGGUAUCAAGUCCUCCAUCGCCAUUGAGAAAUUCAAGCUGCUCUUGGAGAAGGUGGAAGAAAUAGUCGCCAAGAACUCACAGUCAGAAAUGGACUACAGUGAUGCACCUGAUGAGUUCAAAGGUGUGUAUGUGUCUCGGAGUUUUACCAUGAACCAAAAGUCUUUAAGUUUUAGGUUACAGUUCGGGAUCACAAUAAACAGCAAAUCAAACAAUGGCAUUUAAUUUUGAGAAAUACAAACUUUUUUGGAAACCUUGUCAGCAUCUACAACAUUUCUGAAUUUUUGGCCCCAAGCAGAACAAGCCACCUGCUCUGAAAUCUGGAGUGACCUCAGGUCAGUCAGUGCAGACAGACAGGAUCGUCAUCAUCUGGUGCUGUUGGAUUCCAGACAUUUGAAGGGGAUUUUGCAGCUCGUAGAGGUCAUAUAGACGGCUUAGAGCUCAGCUAUCCCAUAACCACAGACUCAAUAUAAUCUAGUAAGAGAACGUGGCCCACAUACCUCCUUUGAUUUCCAGAUAUGCCAGCCGGCCCACCACAGUUGAGGGGAGUGUGCCAUACAGGAGGCUUGAGUAUCAGUUUUCUAUGUGGUAGAAAUCCCCCACCACAAGUUUUAUUUUUGUAACACAUGAGCCCUACUGUAACAACCUCGUGACAUUUCAAUGUAGGGCAGGCUUUAUCAAAAGGCCCUGUCGAGUAAUUUACUCGAGAUUUUCUUCUCUAGUGUUUUGACAGAUGCAGCAAUGUUGCAGUCAUAUUAAGCACAUCAAACUUUUAAAGGAAGGGGAUGGACAAGUUGAAUGGAUUCAUACCUUACAUUGUUAAAAUAUGGAGUUUAAAUGUUGAAUAGUCUCACAAAUAUGUAUUAUUAACUUAAAUUUGCUCUGUAUUCAGUAACAACUGGAAGAGCCCCCAUGUAUUUUAGAUUGUGGCACACCUUUUUUCAGACGUAUGAUCAACCGUGAUACUCAUCUGUCUACAUAAAUGAGUAUCAAGUUGAGUAGACACUUAAGUUUGUUUUGAAUGAGUGGAUUGGUGACAGCGGCUCUCACCCUGAUGAAAGACAAAAGCAGCUUCAAAUUAGCAUUCAAAUUGGCAGACAGAACUGGCUGUUGAAGCUCAGUGUUUAUUGUUUUCAAAGUGUGCGAGUCUUUAACUUGAGUGUGAUUGUGCCUUUGUUGUCACAGACCCUCUCAUGGACACACUGAUGACCGACCCUGUGAUUCUGCCCUCGGGAAACAUAAUGGAUCGAUCCAUCAUUCUGCGCCACCUCCUCAACUCUCCUACUGAUCCCUUCAACAGGCAGCCACUCACAGAGAGCAUGCUGGAGUCAGGUAACCCUGCAUGCUUUUUAAAAUAUCUAUUCAGGUUAGGAAAAAAGUGCAAAAGAAAGGUCCUUGCUGGGAAAAGUUAGCCAAUCAUUGAGAUAUCUGAUUACUGUGGAGGGGUUUAAUGACACCUCAUUGUCUAACUAAACAAUUUCCCAUAGAUGUCUGUUUCUAACAAAAUGAUCUUAAUUUUACAGUCCCUGAAUUGAAAGAGAGGAUCCAUGCCUGGAUGAGAGAGAAACAGGGGGGACGGCUUGUCUAA